AUGAUGCGUCUGCGUACCCAUCGCAAGGACUGGGCAUUGCCCAAGCAAGAAAGCAGUAUAGCUCCACCGCAUGUGUGGAGUAACGCCGAUCAAGACCCAGUCCCGCCAGAGAAGUGGACUUGGACGGGCUGGACCUUCACACAAUACUGGCUUUCAGAUCUAGUCACCGUCUCAACAUGGUCUGCGGCUAGUUCAGCAUAUGCAUCAGGUCUGUCAGCCACGGACACGGUAACUUUGACUUUGGUCGCAGCCCUGUGUAAUGCCAUCCCAACAGUUCUCAAUGGAGCCGUGGGGGCCGAUCUGCACAUUGCAUUUCCUGUCGCUAUCCGUGCCAGCUAUGGCACAUACUUUGGCUACUUUUGUGUAGCCUCGCGUGCGAUCUUGGCCCUGUUUUGGUUCGGCAUCCAGAGCUCGUAUGGAGGGCAAUGCGUGACUGCAAUGAUCACAGCUAUAUGGCCCAGUUACACCAAUCUUCCUAAUCAUCUACCCAAGUCAGCGGCUAUCACAACGCAAGGCAUGGUUUCCUACGUGGUAUACCAUGUCAUUCAAACGCCAUUCCUCUUCAUUCCUACUCAUAAGCUCCAGUAUAUGUUCAUAUUCAAAUCCAUGCUCGUGCCACCCAUGGCAUUGGCUAUGGUGAUCUGGAUCUCUGUGAAGGCGGGGGGCGGCGAUGUUAUAUUCAAGCAGCCACCUAGUGUUCAUGGCUCUGAGCGUGCAUGGUUGUGGCUUAUGAAUAUGACCUCGAUCACAGGUGGCUUUUCAACACUUGCGGUCAAUAUUUCGGAUUUCUCUCGCUUCAGCAAGAAGCCCGGCAGUCCGGUAUGGCAACUACCGAUGAUCCCUCUGUUCAAGGUUAUUACUGGUCUUUUUGGUAUUAUAGCCGCCGGUGCAUCCCAACAGCUAUAUGGCACCAUUCUAUGGAGCCCUUUAGAAAUUAUUGCUCAAUGGCAAGGGACUCCUGGUGGCAGAGCCGCGGCCUUUUUCUGUGGGACAUUAUGGUUACUUGCUCAAAUUUGUAAUAAUGUCUCAGCAAACUGCGUAUCAUUUGCCAAUGAUGUGGUUACCAUGUGUCCCAAAUGGAUCAACAUCAAGCGCGGAAUGAUCAUGUGCAUUCUCCUAGGCGGGUGGGCACUAUGUCCAUGGAUUGUGAUCAAGAGCGGAAAAACAUUCCUCAGCUUUAUGGGUGCAUAUGCUAUCUUCAUGGCGCCCAUUGCGGGCAUUCUAUGCUGUGAUUACUGGCUUAUCAAGCAUCGUAAAUACGACGUGCCAGCCCUGUUUGAUCCCAAGGGAAUAUACUACUAUAAGUAUGGAACAAAUUGGCGUGCUCUUGUCUGUAAUCUGGUGGUCAUCGUGCCCCUUCUCCCAGGUCUGGCACACGCCGUAACACCAGAUAAUGUGAAAAUCGAUACGGGUCUGCAGCAUCUAUAUGCGAUCAACUAUCUUUAUGGGUUUUGUCUUUCAUUGGUUCUCUACUUUGUAUUGAAUCAUUUCUGGCCUAAUAGAGAAACACUGGUGCCUGCUGUGGUUCCAGGCGUUGUUUCUCGUUUGAAUGCGAUGGAUUCGGAUGUGGAGGCGGAUGUGAGUGCAGGAGAUCUAAAGCGAUCAUUCACUUCACCAAAGAUGUAA